AUGGCGCAGCUGCGAAGGAUACGGUCUGUGGCAGUGCCACUUUUGCUGGCUCUACUGGCAACACUCACGGUGGCAGACGACUGUGGGCGUGACUUUCGAGGCAAAUGUAACUGUGGCUAUCAGCUGUACAACUACCACACACAGUACGUGGUGAACUGCACCAACACCGGUUUUCGGGACACGGUAGUGCUCGAGCGGCUGCCUCUGCAAACAGAGAUCCUCAUUUUCAACGGGAACUACGUGGACGAGCUACCGUGGAACGUGUUCGGGGCACUGAACGAUCUCGUCAACCUGACGGUGGUCGACAUGAGCAACAAUCACAUCCGCGAGAUCCGCGGUAAAUCAUACCACCACGUCCCGAACGUCCGUCGGUUGAUUCUGAAUCACAACAACCUCAGCAUCUCGCGGUACGACGACGAAGAGUUCAACCACCAUCAUCCGCGUGUCUUCUCCAACUUCAUCAACCUGCAGGAGCUGCACCUAACGAACGCGUUUGCCGACAACACGUCUGCGGAGCUUUCGGCCGAUCUGCACGACAUCUUCGUCAACAGCAACCUAACGAAGCUGGUCAAGCUGCACCUGGAGCAGAACGAGAUCGUGCAGUUCAAUGACAAGCGCGUGUUUUGCGAUCUACCAUCGCUGCUCGAUCUGCACCUCGGCGACAACUCACUCACCGAGCUGAACUUCAACCUCAGCUGUAUGCCUCGGUUGCGCUUUCUCGAUCUCGAGCGCAACCGCUUCGAAGCGGUCCGACCACGAGACCUUGCGUUGCUAGAUGCCGUACAGGCUCAACCAGGUCGUACCACUCCUCUCACGGUAGACUUCACGUACAACCCGUUUGUGUGCGAUUGCGGUCUUUACCCACUGUACGACUGGCUCGAUCGUACGAACGUCACCGUGCGCAACCGAGAUGGGUUGCAAUGUUUGCGGAACCGGCAGGUGCGUGAGUCGAUCCGUCAGCUUAACGUCGGCCGGUGCCGGAAGCUGGUGGGAACAUCCGGGCCGAAUGGAACCGGAGCUACCGGACACACUACCACGCUCGUGUUCGUGCUCGUCUGUCUUAGCUGCGUGUUGCUGGCACUCGUCGCUGGGUUGCUGUACGUGAGCAAAGACAAGCUGCGCGGUUUGCUGACACCCGUCGUGGACUCCGUGUCGAAGAAGGUGCAUUAUACCACCAUCAAGGAUGAGGAGGCGCCCGAGCAGUACGUGUGA